GGCCGUAUACGGCUGACACGAAGUUUCGCUGUGGUGGCUGGAAUGUACUCGUAUUUGUUGGCUCUCCGUGAAUUUAGUCAUCAAAAUAACUCAUGUGUCGGUGCCGCACGGAUUCAAAGUUAACGCGAGCUUAUGUAGGCGCGCGUCACGGUCGCCGGACGUCCACGUCGAUAAAAACAUGAACUGGCUGCGCCCGCGCUACAUCAUAGCCGUGUUCCUAUUCUCAGAGGUGGUUCUCGGCAGCGGCGUACUCGUUCAGGACCGCUGGACAAAUGCACUCACAGGCGACAAGGAUGCAUCGGAUCACGCGCAAGGCAGUGCGCCUACGGCGGACGACAAAGGGAGCACAGCAACAUGUGAGAAAGUGAAGGCAUGCGAUGACCUGCUGGGCUAUGAAGCAAUUCGAGCCCUGCAUCAACAGCUGGAUGAUGAUGACAAUGGAAGCGUUGACAUCGCUGAGACUGAUGAGUUUCUUAGAGACGAGCUGCAGUACGAGAACGGCUAUGAGCGGCAGAAGAAAUUUCACGGCAAUGACAAGUACAUUUCCCUCGAGGAAUUGUGGCAAUCCUGGCAGGUCUCUGAAGUCCACAACUGGACAGUGGAAGAGACGAUCGAGUGGCUGGUUAGCUGCGUUGAGCUGCCGCAGUAUUCAAAGACCUUUGAAGAAAAUGCGGUGGAUGGCUCAACUCUGCCCAGAAUGGCCGUAGCCAACAACAACUACCUGAGCAGCGUGCUUGGCAUCAAGGAUGUUAUCCACAAACAGAAACUUACCCUCAAGGCCAUGGAUGUUGUGCUCUUUGGGCCUCCAAAACAUCACAACUACGUCAAGGAUGUGCUGUUGGUGCUGUCGCUGGUGAUUGCCAUAGGUGGCUGCUGGUUUGCAUAUGUGCAGCACAACUACUCUCAGCGCCAUCUGAAGAAGAUGAUGAAGGAUAUGGAUAGCCUACAGAGAGCUGAGGAGCAGCUGUCCGAGCUGCAGCGAGAGUUGGACAAAGCCAAGAUGGAACAGGAAACUGCAGUCAUACUAAAGCAGAGACUGGAGGAUGAAAUCCUUGCUGCCAAGCAAGAGCGAGAGUUUUGGAGCUCAGCGGACCCUGAACAGACACGGACCAUCGUAGAGUGCCUGCAAGAGGAAGUGCGGACAUUGCGGGAACAGCUGGCCACAGCACAGGCAGCACUGAGCUCAGCAGUGAGGUCCGGAGGUACGGGUGGCUGGAUGCCCCCACCAUCUUUGCAGCACUGGUUGCAGCUGACGCACGAGCUGGAGUUGCGCCACUACAAUGCCAAGAAGGCAGCCGCCGAGAAGCAGCUUGUGGCGGCUAAGGAAGGGUGCGAAAAACUUCGCAAGAAACGUGGAAGCUUCAUGGGGUCCUUCCGCAUUGCGCAUGGGAGUUCCAUCGACGACAUCGACAACCGAAUCCUUCAGGCCAAGGCUGCGUUGUCGGAGGUGACGAAGGACCUUCAGGAGCGACUGCAACGUUGGAAGCAGAUCGAGCGACUCUGCGGCUUCUCCAUCGUCAACAACCAGGGGCUGGGCUCCCUGGAGAACAUGCUACGAGGUUCUUUCCUCAAUGGCAGUGCUGCCUCCUUUUUGCCCCACUCCUAUUCCGUUGGUGCGUUUGGCACUUACUGUGGCAGUUUCAGACAGGGCAAGCAAAUGACCCGUUCAGGUAGCGAGGGUACAUUGGCUGAGGAAGAAUCUGCCUAUGGGAUCAGCGCUGUGCAGCAACUGGUGCACAAUUCGGCCGCUCUGUUUCUUGCCUCUGUGCCACCGGCUUGCGACCUCACCAAGUGCACGCUAGCUGCAGCUGCAGGCUUCCCUCCUUUCCGUGUCGUGCCUCUUAACAGCGCUAACCUUCCUCAGUCUGCUGCUGCCUCUGUCUCCACCACCGCUAGCACCACUGUGCCCGCUUCUUUGGCCAACCUCAAUGGCUCGGUGUCAAGUGUAGCUUCGCUGCUGAGUUUGAGGUGCCCCGAGCGGCCCAGCACGCUGCCAAUCAGUGCAACCAAGUCCAAUGGGGCCUCCUCCCAAAGGCUUGCUCUCCUGGAUGAGACUGAUGAUGACGCAGAGGAGUUCACGGACUCUUCUCUGCCCACAGUACUGUCGGCAGGAACCCCUGCGCCCACUGCUGUAUCUUUCAUGGUCGGGGACAGCAGGUUAGCAAUGGUGUUUAGAAGCCCAUCAGAACCUCCACAGCUUGUUCGACCCAAGAGCAGCCAGCUGCUCAAUAAAGCAGCGAGUGCAGAUGAUGCACCACCUCGCCGAAUCCUGACAUCCACUGAGCUCAUGGUGCAGACUGAGCCGUCUUCACCAAUGACGCCAGAGAGUGCAGGCCCCACCACCACCUCCGAACCGCUGCUUCUUCCGCGGCCACCGCUGACAUCAAUGUCUUCGAUAGAACGACGCAAGAAGGCGGGCAACAUUCUGGUGGCUGCUCUGAAGGGAAACUUUUCCGGCGCAGUCGUCGAUGAAGAAAACUCAACAGACUCUAACUCAACAGCAGAUGAUGACAGUUUGAAAGAAAAGAAAAAGGCCAAGGCGUCCUCCAUCUUCCAGCCACUCAAGAAGAAGAAGCCGAAAGCAUUGUGACUCUCUGUGACCGAAGCCCCGCUUUGUUUUCUUGUAUUCCUGCCUUGGUGCCACAUCCAGAGGCUAAUUUUGCAGUCAGCUAGCAUCCGCAGUGGUCCUUUCUUUUGUUUGUUUACCUCUCCUUUUCUGGUACGCCCGUGAGCACAAAGUGCUCCACAGUAUAUCUGAUGUGCUUGACAAUAUUCGCCUCUCCCUGCAUUUUGUUAGCAGGCCAGCAGGGCUGUGUCAACACAUGAGCCUAAUUUUUCGUUAAUAGGCAAGCAGUUUGAAGCAACAUGAGGAAGCUAGAAUUAUCUCCCUGUGUUUGGGAAAAAGUGACUGCAUUGCAAUGUGCUUCAUUACUGGUUCUUUUUUCUUCCUUUUUUUAUUUUUUUAUUCAUUCAUAUUUUAAAGCAACGUAAGCUGUUCAAGGCACACUGAGAGUGAAUGAACUUUAUUUUUUAUUCUUUUUUUCCUUGUUUUAUCAGCUGUCAUCGUUCGUCACCUUGCAGUUGUGCACGUCCAAGUGGCUUUCACCUGUGUUGAAUCUUCUUUUUGGACUUGUUUUUGAGAGAUGGUCUCCUCUGUUACCAUAUAUGUGUGUCUGCAAUUUCUUAUGGCACAGGUUCUUUUUUCUUUCUUUUUUGGUAAUGGCUGCUUGUUGAGCAGGAGGAGAAGCAUGUGGUACGUCAAGAACUGUAUUUUUCUAACUUAUAUUUUUGGUAAGGCACAUGGACUAUUCUUUCUGCCAGAAGCCAUCACCCAGAAAUGUGUCAGCAGGCAUAUUUAAUGAUUCACUUUGCAUGUCCAUUAAUUUUCUGUGUUCUUGUUGGUGACCCCUGUUACCGUCCCUUUGGAUGUCAAGAGGAUUGGCUGUCCUUCAGUGUUGUCAUUUGCGAGCAGUUUUAAUGGGCUUUUGCUCCAUAACUAAAACAGAAUAAAUGCUCUAACAGAGCACUUUGUUUAUUGUUAUUAUUUGCAAGCAUAUCUGAGUGCUGCUGGCAUUUUUCCUUAAACUGUUUUGUCUUUACAAAGCUUCUUUACAUGUGUCAAAUUGCAAUGAAAUCUUUUACUUUGAUUUUUCUUGGUGAGAAUUGUCACUAGGCAGUAGUAACCUUUCUUAUUGGGUGUUUAUUUUAAGCUGAGCUUCUAGAGAUUGCCAACUGGGUUAGGUACAUCACUGCCCUUGAUGAAUAAGUAUCCAAGUUGAAAUUUGAUGUCAUUACAGCAGUCGGAUUCUGUAGGCAGGGUUAGAUGCGAGUACCGACUCUACGUCUGCAAGGGGCUCGUGGCGAUUGUUGAAUCAGCAUUUGUCAUCGAGAAUUGUAAUCUUCUUUUUAAUGAAGUCCGGCUUUACUAGCUCACAGAUAUACCGUUCGGAGUUGUUAAGUUUAACCGUUUUCAACAUUUAGUCAUGUUGCCAGUUGACUAUAGCUACGGUGGGCUUGGGUAAUCCCUAUAGUAGCUGCUUUAUCUAAAGCUUGGAAACGUGUAGCCUUGUAGCCCGUCUAUCCAGGUCUGAAAUUAUUUCUUCCAUCUUUCACAGAAAGCUUGCCAAGUUUAACCAUGUGACAGGCCAGCCAUUCAAGCAUAUGACUAACCAGUGCUUGAUAUAAAAGGGGAGUGAAAGACCAAUCUGUAUAACUGUCGCCCAACUUCUGAAAGGUUUUGUCGUAAAUGUCAACUAUCAGUAACCAGUGUAUUCUGUAUUCUAUGUGUGUCCUUGGUAACAGUUCCAUCAUGUAAAGUUUUUUGGAGAGUUUUUUUUUUUCUAUUUUGGAUGUUGGCCACUUGGGCCAGACCUUGUAAUCUUGUGUGUGCAUGUAUGUGACCUGUUAUGUGAGUUGGCCAUGUGGCACCCACCCUGUCCUUUGCUUCAAGCCCGUCAAAUGGACACUGUGCUUUAGAAGUUGGGGAUGAGUGUUGCUGCACCUGGUGUGUGGUGCUUGACGCACUGCUUCACAAACUGUGAUAUCGGCUGAGGGAUCUCUCGCUAGGGGCUUCGCGAUGUACGCAAUACGGUGCACAUGUUGCAACUUUGUGGAUUAUUAUGCAUGUGUGGAUCUGAACCACCGUUGCGACUCUUCAGAGAGAAUAAUACAUAGUAUAUACUAUCAUGCACGUUACUUCAAAGAAGCCGAGGGCUUUUUAGGAGUACUGUAUACUCGUCGUUUCGCUUGUCACCUGACUGCAAUUGCAUUUCACUUAUGCAUAUGGGAGUCCUGCAGCUUUUUUUAAGUGCUUCAAGCUGCAAGGACAGUAUUAGGAGAGUAAUACUUGGUUAGAGCACAGUUUUGUUUAUUUUCGCAUUUAUUCGACAUUGGCAUUUAAACAUUGGUAGACAAGUGCUACAAUUUUUACAGGCUACUACCAAGAUCUGGUUAGUGUAAGUCAUGCAGUAGGGUGUGCGCAAGAUACGCUAAUUUACAUUUCUGCUUUUACUUUGUUGCUGGGUGAUUGUUGGCUUGUAACAUGCUUAAUCAUGAACACCUGCACAGUUUCUGUCAUGUACAAGCUUUCAGCGAUAACUUUCUAGGGCAGUAAUUAAGCACUGGGGCCAGCACCUUAUCAGUAAAUAUUGAGGCCACAGGCACUCUUGCCCCAGACCACCACUUCUGUUUUGUUGCUUGAACAGUUCACCAUCGUAACACAGCUGAGAUCAGGUGUCAACAUUUAUGUUGUCCUUGUUCUAGGUAUUGAUCAUCACCAGAAAUUGUUUACUGGUCUUAAUUAAGCACCUACAACAUGAAGCUCGGUUCGCCCUUAAUUUUAGUGUGGGAGUUUCAUGGCACAAGAUAUGUGAAACAGUGUCCAUGCCUGAAAGAGAAGCCAAAAUGGGUUUCGUGUGGUCGUCACUUCAGACACUGUAUAAGGUUCUCCAGAAUGGAUGGGAACACCCAGUUGUCUAGCUAAGAUAAUUACUCAACUGUCACGUCAGACCUUGCUCACUUGUAGUAGCUAAGCAGCUCCUUUCCCAAAGAAUUUGCUCCCUUGUUUUUCCUUUCACUUCAGUACAAAAACAAGAACAACUUGCAGCCUUGAAUGUGAAUGGGGUGUUCCCUUUCGUAUCGACGCCCACAUGUAUCUUGAGUGCUGCCCCCUGUGCUCAUACUUGGCAUCAACUCGAAAAAAAGAAAAGCCUGAUCAAUUUUCAAUUUUCUUGCACAUGAAGUGCUACUGCAUAAGUAUUGUGUUGUACAGACAUCCACACUUCUAUCUAGGGCAUCCGAGUGAUGCACAUCUGGACAAAGGGAGUGAUAUUUGAGUGCAGCUGUACGCGUGAGCAACAAGACAGACGCACAAGCCAUGUAUCUCACACCUGGUACCUCAAACUCAGCAGCUGCUAUCUCAAUGUUUUCUUGUAUUGUGCUGCUUGAGCACUCUAGACAGAAGUGUGUAUGUCUAUCAGCUAAGUAAAAACUUGCGCAGUCUGUCAGUCAGCAUGCGUGCUAUGCCAACCUUGGACUCUUAAAGCUAUGUUUGCUCCUUUACAGCAAAAGCCUGUCUUCUCAGUGACGAGUGGUGUGCUCUCUAUGUCCUGUGUAAAACUUGUUUCAAACAACUCUUUCCAUGGCCAGCAAUCUUCAGAGCAAUCACACAGGGUGAUGGAAAAGGCAGUUGUCAUGUGAACUUUUGUGUUUAUGUGGUGUGCUGUUUUGUCAUCGAAUGCAGAAUGGCUGGUGGAAUCAAAUUAUGUGCCGCUGCAAAAUAAAAUAAACCCUUUCUCUUUUCCA